CAUAAACCAAAGUUUCCAUUAGACAUCAUUAAAUGGGGCUACAAAGGGACAAAACUGCUACAUAUCUUGUCUCUGAACGGGGGUUGGUCCUUUAAAUGGAAGAGAGCACCCAUACAGACUCUGGUCGAAAAUCUCGGCGUGCACUCCGGCCAUGCGAUUCCUGUCGCAACCGUAAAUCACGUUGCAUCAUCAACAGCACAACCACCGGCGUAUGUGCCAGUUGUGAGGCCCGGCAAGCCGACUGCACGUUUAGCAAGGGCCCUCCUCGGAGGUCUAAAGUGCGCAAUGAGGGCCAACGAAUGCGAGUUGGAACCCCGCCAAGUUCACAGGUCACAGGACUACGGCCUAUCGCACCGGGUUAUCAAUUGGAUGCGGGUCAAGCAGUUUGGACUCCAAGUGGUUUGGCGAAUAGUAUAGAUGUAGCUCCAACAGCAUAUCUCGAUGCGAGGCAAUCGAGUCAGCCCAGGGCCUUACCGACGCUUGGGAGCAGGAUGCCAGAUGCAGCCUCUGCCCCACUAGAUGUCCAGUUUGAUGAGACUGAUGCAUCCCUUGGACUUGCACCAAGCAAUUUUUCUGAGUUGUAUGGACUCACGAGUGAUAUGGAGCCGAUCUUAAUGCGGCACCGUCCAUAUGAUGCACCAAACCAAGAGUUCCGUUUGGAGACUCACUCGAUCCGUAAAGUGUUGCAAAGCGACCAGGGAAUGGAGUAUCCAUUGACCUUUCAUGUUGUGCACGACAGCAAAGCAAUCGGUUACCAACUACUCCAGAGCGAGCACGACAACAUCGAAGCCUGUGUUGCACCUCACGGACCAAGACUUAUGGAUUUAUUUUGGAGAAUUAUGCAUCCGUCUUUCCCUAUACUACAUAGGCAAGGUUUCGUCCAGAAAUAUGCUCAGUCAUAUCAAUCGGUUUCCGCCCCAUUACUCGGAGCAAUGUAUCUGAUUGCUCUCGGAUGGUGGGACUAUGACCGCGAGCUUUCCAAUCGGUCUAUGCCAGACGCAACGAGCUUGCGAAAGCUCACCUUGCAGGCUAUUCAGAAUUCAUAUCACCGCCCAAAGCUUGCCAGUAUUGAGGCUAUGAUUUUGCUACUACAAUGCAAGCCUGAAGACCCGCUAAACCCGGACCAUACUUGGAACUGGGGUUGUACAGGCCAACUCAUAUGUAUUGGCCAAGCACUUGGUCUGCACCUGGACGCCUCAUCAUGGUCUAUUCCGGACUGGGAGAAACGUUUACGGAAAAGACUUUCAUGGGCCAUUUACAUGCAAGAUAAAUGGACAGCCUUGGCGCAUGGACGACCGAGCCUUAUCACGGACGAUGAAUGGAUGGUAGUUGACCUAGACAUCUCGGAUUUUGAAUCCUAUACCUCUGAAGAUGGCGAGGUUCGAGUUGACAGUCUAUCAGGUGCAGUUAGAGUCGUUCAAAUGGUCCAGCUGACUCGGAUCCUGAGCGAUGUGAUGCGAACAUUUUACACUCUCAGGGCAAGCAAAAACCAGGAUACUUCCUACCUAUAUUCCCAGGCUAUGCCACUUCUUGGUUUGUUAGAUGCGUGGCAUAAAAAUCUUCCUAAAUCGCUGCAGAUGAACUACGAGGCCAUCUCUAGACUCUGUCCGAAUGGCUACCUCAGCUUGGCCUUCUACACUGUUAGAACCACAAUACUGCGUCGAUUAAUAAGAUCUACAGCACUCGAACCACUAUGUUUAGACGUCGACAUAUUAACACACACCCGGACAUUAGCUCAUGAGACAGCUCAAGAAGCGAUAACAUUUGUGUCCCGCCUAAGACCAGAUCAUCUAGAGGCAUUUUGGUAUUUUGCAUCGCCAUUUGGAUUUUCUCUCGUCGGAUCUUUCACCACCUUACUCUUAGUCACCUCGCGGUCUGAGCCCGAGAAGACAUUAUGGAGAGAGAACCUAAACCGCUACUUAUGGACUCUGCGGCUUAUGAGUAAGGCUUGUGGGCCAAUGAAGUAUGCUGUCAACCGUCUCGAGGGGGCUAUACUGAAGGGGAUGGAACAUGCUCUCUCAAUUAACCUCGACGAUUUGUUCAUGGUUGCUGCGAGUCCCCUUGACUUAACAUUUGCGAAUACUUUCGACCCGUUCGAGAAUCUAGCCAAUCUCGACCUCAGCAACUUUGACUGGCUCAGUGCGCAGCCCUGAAGUUGCCCAGGAAGAAGGGCACAUCGAAAUUAUAGUUACCAGGCGGUCGGUGGUCGGCGGUCGUGCUGAUCUUCGGGAUAGGCGAGGUAUAUGUCGACUUGCCAAACAUGUCUCUGAGCGACGUGAACUGUUACGUCUCAGAUCUGCUGCCGCCUGAGUGGGAGGAGUCGCCUCAUGUGAGGCUGCUGUGGCUCUCGGACGGGUGAGGCGACGAGGGCGGGGCGGCAUUUGACUCCUGGGACACGCCGUGCCAUUUGCCGAAGGUCACCGUGGUUGGCGCAGAUACAAUUGACAUUUUUUCUCGGCUUGUGAGGGAAACAUGAACAGGGAGUCAGAAAUCGGAUCUUAGAUUUAUGGGGACGGGUGUUCACACAUGGACAUAGUGGGAUAAUGUAGCAACAAUAAUGUAGCAACAGCAAGCAAAGUAGCC